GCGCAGGAAGCCCCCGGGAACGCCACCUCGCUCCGCUCCGGGUCUCGCUCGCAGCUCGGCGGCGGCCCGGGGUCUCCGGGACUUCUGCUUGCAGCCAUGGGAGGCGUCGGGGAGCCCGGCGGGCAGCCGGGGCCGCGGGCGGGGCCCGCGCAACCGGGGGCGCCGCUGCCCACCCUCCGCUGGGAGCAGAUCCGCUCGCACGACCUGCCGGGCGACAAGUGGCUGGUCAUCGAGCGCCGCGUCUACGACAUCAGCCGCUGGGCGCAGCGGCACCCGGGGGGCAGCCGCCUCAUCGGCCACCACGGCGCCGAGGACGCCACGGAUGCCUUCCACGCCUUCCAUCAGGAUCUCAAUUUCGUGCGCAAGUUCCUGCAGCCCCUGCUGAUUGGAGAGCUGGCCCCCGAGGAGCCUAGCCAGGACGGACCCCAGAAUGCCCAGCUGAUUGAGGACUUCCGAGCCCUGCGCCAGGCGGCCGAGGACAUGAAGCUAUUUGAAGCCGAUCCUGCCUUCUUCGCUCUGCUGCUGGGUCACAUCCUGGCCAUGGAGGUGUUGGCCUGGCUCAUCAUCUACCUCCUGGGCCCUGGCUGGGUGCCCAGCACCCUCGCUGCCCUCAUCCUGGCCGUUUCCCAGGCUCAGUGCUGGUGUCUGCAGCACGACCUGGGCCACGCCUCCAUCUUCAGGAAGUCGCGCUGGAACCACGUGGCCCAGCAGUUUGUGAUGGGGCAGCUGAAGGGCUUCUCUGCCCACUGGUGGAACUUCCGCCACUUCCAGCACCACGCCAAGCCCAACAUCUUCCACAAAGACCCGGAUGUGACCGUGGCACCCGUCUUCCUCCUGGGAGAGUCGUCUGUCGAGUAUGGCAAGAAGAAGCGCAGAUACCUGCCCUACAACCACCAGCACCUGUACUUCUUCCUAAUUGGGCCUCCACUGCUCACCCUGGUGAACUUCGAGGUGGAAAACCUGGCGUACAUGCUGGUGUGCCUGCAGUGGUCGGACCUGCUCUGGGCUGCCAGCUUCUACUCCCGCUUCUUGUUGUCCUAUGCCCCCUUCUAUGGCGUUCCCGGGGCACUGCUCCUCUUUGUCGCUGUCAGGGUCCUGGAGAGCCACUGGUUCGUGUGGAUCACACAGAUGAACCACAUCCCCAAGGAGAUUGGCCACGAGAAGCACCGGGACUGGGCCAGCUCUCAGCUGGCGGCCACCUGCAACGUGGAGCCCUCACCCUUCAAUGACUGGUUCAGCGGACACCUCAACUUCCAGAUUGAGCACCACCUCUUCCCUACCAUGCCAAGGCACAACUACCGCAGGGUGGCCCCGCUGGUGAAGGCGCUGUGUGCCAAGCACGGCCUCAAUUACGAGGUGAAGCCCUUCCUCACCGCCCUGGUGGACAUUGUCGGGUCCCUGAAGAAGUCUGGCGACAUCUGGCUGGACGCCUACCUCCACCAGUGAAGGCAGCGCCCAGGUGGGCAGAGAAGGGGUAAGGGCCUAGGGCCCCAGCAGCCGCCAGGCCGGUGGGCAGAAUCGACAGCCCCGUCCCAUCUGACCCCAGCUGCGGGUGCCGCUCCUGUCUCUGCUGUCUUCCCCUCAGCCCCUCCUCACCUGUCUGCUCUGCCACCCCACAGCCAGGCCAGGGCUCAGGGGCCCAGCAGGACCGGGGGCAGGGAGGGGGGUGAGCAUGGCAUGUUUUCCUAGAGCAAGAAUUGGGGGAAAACUGUUAUUUUUCUAUAAAAACAAAGCCAGAGAUGUGA